UCUCUUUCUUAUGCAGACGUUGCAUCAGCUUUGAUGUAAAAAGAUUAAUUAAAAGUUUUUCUGCGAGAUUUUUACAAUUAAAAUGGUUUUAGAUCUGGAAGUAUUUCGAGUCGAUAAAGGAGGAGAUCCUUCCAAAGUAAGAGAGAAUCAAGCGAAGCGAUUUAAAGAUGUAACUUUAGUGGACAAGGUGGUUGAUUCUGACAUGAAAUGGAGAAAAUUGAGGCAUCAAUUGGAUAAUUGGAAUAAAAUCAAAAACCUUUGCAGUAAAGAGAUAGGGAACAAAAUGAAGAAAAAAGAACCAAUUGGAAAUGAUGAUGCUUUGUCUAAUAAUAUUUUGGAACAGUUAAAUGAUCUUUCAUUAGAUACUCUACAGGCAUUAACUGUAGUGCAAAUUAAAAAACUUCGUUCUCUGAUGGACCAAGAAAUAAUUAAAUGCAAUGAAGAGCUGACUAAAUUUGAAAAUGAACGAAAUGAAGCAUUAAAAGAAGUUGCUAAUUGGCUACACGAUUCAGUUCCUGUUAGUGCGGAUGAGGAUGAGAAUCCUGUUAUACGUACUUGGGGUGAUGUCACUAUAAGAAGAAAAUAUUCUCAUGUGGAUCUUAUUCAUAUGAUUCAUGGAAUGGAUGGAGAAAGAGGUUCUGUAACUUCAGGGGGAAGAGGAUAUUAUCUAUUAAAUUCUGCAGUCUUUUUAGAACAAGCUCUGCUUCAGUUAGCAUUAAGAAUUCUUUACACUAAAGGUUACAAAGCUAUUUAUACACCAUUUUUUAUGAGGAAAGAAAUUAUGCAAGAAGUGGCACAAUUAAGUCAGUUUGAUGAAGAACUAUAUAAGGUUAUUGGGAAAGGAAGUGAAAAAACAGGUGAAGGAAAUACUGUUGAAGAGAAAUAUCUUAUAGCAACUUCUGAACAACCAAUUGCUGCAUUUCAUAGAGAUGAAUGGAUACCUACUGAAGCACUUCCCAUUUGUUAUGCUGGAGUGUCAACUUGUUUUCGUCAGGAAGUUGGAUCUCAUGGACGUGAUACCAGAGGAAUUUUUAGAGUGCAUCAAUUUGAAAAGGUUGAACAGUUUUGUCUUACUUCACCUCAUGAUAACAAGUCUUGGGAAAUGUUUGAUGAGAUGAUUGGAAAUGCAGAAGAAUUCUGUCAACUCUUAGGAAUUCCAUAUCGAAUUGUAAAUAUUGUAUCUGGUGCUCUUAAUAAUGCAGCAGCUAAAAAGUAUGACUUAGAAGCUUGGUUUCCUGCUUCUGGAACAUUUCGUGAAUUAGUGUCAUGUUCUAAUUGCUUAGAUUAUCAAGCUAGAAGGUUAUUGGUUAGAUAUGGACAGACAAAGAAAAUGAAUGCACAAGUUGAUUAUGUACAUAUGUUAAAUGCCACUAUGUGUGCCACAACGAGGGUAAUCUGCGCCUUAUUAGAAAAUUAUCAGACAGACACUGGUAUAAAAAUUCCUGAUGCAUUAAAACCAUUUAUGCCUCCAGAUUUGCAAGAGGAAAUUCCAUUCGUGAGACCAGCUCCUAUCGAUGAAGCUAUGACCAAGAAACAGAGAAAACAGAAAGAAGGAAUGGAGAAGAAAAAAGAUCAAAAUUCAAAUUAAUUUUUUUAUAAAUGAUUAGUAAUUACUAUUAUUAUAUUACGCCACAUUGCAGUGCAUAUUUAAUAAUGUCGCUAAAACUUAUUUUUCACUUCUGAAGGAUAUUAA